AUGACACGCUUUCGGGAACUGGCACAAGCUCACAUCUGCUGGAGCCGGUCUGGCUAUUCAUUGAUGCAGUGCGGGCUUCGAGCAUCGGUAAAAGAAUGUAGGCAAGGAAAAGGCAUCCUGGAAACAGAUAAACAAUUCAAUGGUUUGAACAUCAACUGUUGGAGUGAAAUAGAAUCCAGAAAGAAGGUGCGACAGGAACAGAGCUGGAGUAAAAGAUUAGGCUACCAGAAUUCAACUUCCCGGAUACAUGAAUAUUUCAAUGCAUCUGAUCAACAGGACAGUCAACAACAAGCUUUUCUUCAAACUCUGGAACCUUCAAGGAUCAGGAGACUAUUCAUAUUUUCCCAACCUGCUCUCUUGGAGGUUUGUUGA